AUGAAAUCUAUUUCCACCAUAGGUUGGUCUUCAUGGAGUGCCUGUAGCAAAAAAUGUGAAAUUGGCUUACGUACUCGAACUCGUCAUAUCACCAUCCAUCCUGCGUAUGGUGGAGCAAGCUGUCCUACUGCCUUGGUUGGCGUGGAUGGUUGUGGUCAGGUGAAGGGGGGUUGUGGUGAUACGUGUAUCGAAAGCGACGGCAGGUGUGUUUGUACUAGCAAUCCAGGAUAUGAACUCCAAGGUAAUGACGAUAUAUCGACAUACUGUUUCCUUGUAGAAUCUUAAACUGUGCACUGGUAUUGUAAGUUUGCAAGUCACCUAAACAUGUACUGAAUAAGUUGAUGUUCUGAAGAAGUUGAGUGUGUUGGUGACUGAGUGCAUGCUUAGGUUGCGUUCAGACCGAGGCCCGGCACUGGUGCCCAAUGUUCAAACUGGUUCCCAAAACAUGUUGAGCACAGUGCCGUUGUUGCUUAAUAACUCUAGAAGUAUAGUGCCUUUCUUGGGCAGUGUGCCCAAUUUUAUUUGGAAGCGUCGUGUUCAAACUAGGCGCCAAAAGCAAGUGACGGGCACCAGUGCCAGGCACCCAGUCUGAACGCAGCCUUAGUUCAAGAACCAUUCCUCGAUGAUUUGGAUCAGUAAAGGGUCACUUUAAAGUUAGUUAAGUGUAGGGAGAACAGUUUAGAACUGACAGAACUAUAGUAUCCGGUAUACUAAUAAAGUUAAAUUUAGGUUGACAAGAUCAAUAAGAGAUUCCUCUGACUGGAGCUCUAGGAAGAACAGUUUAUAACAUAUAGAGCUGUCCAAUAUGAAUGCAAUUAGCUUAGAGGCAUUUCUUAAAUCUUGCUCAUUGAAUUUCUUCCCAGGCAACAAGAAAUCGUGCGCGGACAAAAACGAGUGUCUGGAUGGUUCAGCAGCAUGUAUCAACUCAAACUGCAGGAACACAGACGGUAGUUAUGUGUGUGAUUGUCUCCCUGGCUAUCAACCUUCAUCCAACCGUCUUCAAUGUGUACCGAAAUCAUGCACACCGCUGACCGCUCCACAAUGUCCCGCUGACGCAUACCGUGAUGAAUUUGGAACAACCUGCACGCCUGCAACAAUCAACUGCCCUAACGGAUAUCAAUAUCAAGAUUCUUGUACUCUGACGUGCACGGACAGCUAUAAACUUGCAGUGAUUGCUCAACCAAAUUUCAGACAAAAAUUUGCUGAGAAUUUUACCACAGUUGAUUUUGAUAGCCCUAGUGAUAGAACUGUGUGUACAGUAGACCCAAAUUCAGGGUCUGUUUCGUGGGAUUGGAAUCCAGGGACUACCCCUUACUAUUGCAGAAGAGUUAAUGACCCACCUUUGGGUGUUACCAUAUCAAAAACUGUCAUUAAUGAAAAAGAAUCAGUCUUAACACCAGUUGGUAAAUUAUCUGCGACAGACCCUCAAAAAGAUCAUCUAACAUUCAGUAUUUCAAACCCGAAAGGGAACUUGCAUUUUCUUAUCCAAGGCAACAUGUUGUUAGUAAAAACUCCGUUAGUAUGGACUCCUAAUUUGGGUGAUAAUACUUAUUCGGUGGUUGUGAAUGUCUCCGAUAACGGGUCACCAAUGAUGCAUUCUGCAGCUACUCUUAAUAUCACGGUGUUAAACAUCAACGAUCCACCCUAUGGAUUAGAACUUUCAAAUAACGAAAUUUCUGAGAAUGUCCCCGUGAACUACACCGUAGGAAAUCUAACAGCAAUAGACGAUGAUGUAAGUCCACAAAGGACUUCAAAUUUCUCCUGGGAGAUAGUCGACAGUGAUGACGGAUUUUUCUCCCUUCGUGGAAGCGAAAUACUUGUUGCAAAGAGCUUAGAUCACGAGUCCAAGAAUAUUCAUAGAAUUCAAGUAAGAUGUACUGAUUAUGGAAAUCCUAGAAAGUCCUCCCAGGUUGUUAGUAUGUCUAUAAGUGUGCGUGAUAGCAACGAUUCUCCGAAACAUAUCAACCUAACCAAUCAUCGCGUGUCUGAGAAUUCCCCAGUGGGAACACUUGUUGGUAAGAUAAUCGCGAGAGAUGAUGAUAAUGAUACAUUGUCGUUUGAUUUGAAUGGAACUGACAGUAGAGUUCUCAGAAAAUUUGCAUUACAAGGUGAGUAUAGCUAGCUAAAUCCUUCCAUUAUCUAAAUGGCUAAUCAGGUGGUUGGUGUUAAUCUUUGCAUUCUGCAGCGCUUAGCGGGUAGGGAUCGGCAAGUUCCCUAAAUGGGACAUCUUAAGUUAGCAGAAGAUGAAUCUCUUGCAAAUGACAAACUUAACUCUACUUACAUUAGUUUUAAAGUACAUGAAGUCAUUUAGUGUUUUAGCUAUACUGGAAAACUGAUACUUGUUCAUCAGUAAAAAAGGAGAGACUUAACUCUCUUUACAUGAGUUUUGAGGUAGUUUUUGAAGUACAUCAAGUCACUUUAUAAGGUACAGUUUAAGCUUCACGUUUGAGGGAAAUCAGAUUUUCGUGGCAUAAUUUACAUUUUCCUUCAUUUCUUCACAUUUUCAUUCUUAUGUUAAAAGAAUAAUUUUGCAUUUCUGCGCAAAAUGAUUCUUUUUGGAAGCAGUCCAGUCUAUUAUUAUUGCCCUACCAUAAAAAAUCUGACUUUGCCGGCCUGGCUUUUGACGUAUCAAAUAUCAUGUACUGGUACUCAUUUGUUAGCCAUAGACUAGCGCCAUGGGUUAACUGAAUGUGAUUUACACUGGUUUAAGAGUUAACACGCUUUUUAUCGUUGAUUUGGAACUAGUUUAAUAUGUUCUGUUUCCAUCAGGUUCUCAGGCAAAUUGUGGUCUGCGUCUUCAAGAUGGGAAAUCCAUGCAAACCUGUUCCGUGCCUCUCGUAGUAAAUGGAUCUCUUGAUUAUGAAGUGGAAAACGAAUACAUUAUUUGGGUUGGUGUGACAGAUCCGGGGGGAGUAACACACAAAAGAUUUAGAAUUGAAGUGGAGAAUGUCAAUGAAGAAUCCACUGAUAUUUUGAUAUCUGAUGACAGAGUGCCUGAGAACUCACCCGGUGGUACUGUGGUUGGUGAAUUUCUGGUAUGUAUGCUCUAAUAUAUCAAACAGGUUUACACUGUCACACACCGUUUGGCAAACCAUACCUAGCAUUCUGUGUUCCCUAGCAUAUUAACGCUUGUAUUCUAAAAGCUCACUCACACUCAGGUUCAAUCUAAGCUUUCCUUGAUUGUAAAUGCUGUUUUUGAAUAGCUGAAGGGUCAGUAGUAGGUACGGGAGUCUAUUUUGAGAUUACGAAGUGUUCUUCAUAUCUGUUAAUACAAUUUGAAGAUCGAAAGCUUUGCAGUAAUAAAUUUACGUGGUGUUUCCACAAACAAAACCUAUUAUUAUUUUAAUUUGAAGAUUGUUUUGUUUCCUCAGCAAUUUUGCAACCAAUAAAAUUGAGGAACAUUUGAAAAAGGCAAAGUCAGGAUCCGAGGAACAUUGACCAUUUUUCCAGGUCUGGUAGCAUGAAGUGGGGUUAGGGUUGUAAGCCUCUAAUAUAACAAUAAAAUUAGCAUGAGCAAUGACAUUACAUCCUCCAUUUCAGGUGAAAGAUCCAGACAACAAGAAUCGUGUCACUCAAAGUCACACGUGUUCCCUGCUCAACUCCCUCAAUGGCGAUGAAGAUGCUUUCUAUAUUUCACAAAUAAAUCAACGGAAUCUUCUUCGUGUUAAAGCAAAUGCGUUUCUUGAUUUUGAAACAAAGACAAUAUAUAAUAUUACCGUAUCUUGUAGUGAUACAGAUCUUGCGAUUUCCAAAUCAUUCUUGAUUGAAAUUACAGGUAAAUCCAACUAAGAGGUCGUCCAUAAUUGGCAAAUUAUUGUUAUUAAAGUGCGACUAACCACAAAUAUGAUUUUGGUAUGUGUAAUAUUUGGGUCAUUCUAAGAAGAAAUGUAAUAUAUCUUUAUAAUAUAAAAAAUCCCUCUCUUGAUCAACUUUUUCACUGUCAAAGUUUCCGAAUAUGAUGUCAUUAGGUGAAUUGAAAAUUAGUUUUCCUUUUUUUUUGUACCAAAAAUUCACCUAAUGACCUCAUAUCUGGAAACUUUGACAGCUAAAAAGUUGAUCAAGAUGAGGUUUUUUACUGUAAAGAUAUAUUUCAUUUCUUCUUAGAAUGACCCAAAUAUUACACAUACCAAAAAUUAUAUUUGGGGUUAAUUGCACUUUAAAUAAACUUUUCAAACUUUUCUCUUCAGACGUAAACGAGCGACCUACGUCUCUUGUCUUAUCAAGCACAAGUGUUAACGAAAGUGAUUCAAACAUGACCCACAUCGGUACGUUAUCUGCAGAAGACCCUGAAGGAAUAAACCAAACAUUUAUCUACACUGUGAGGGACUCGCAAUCAUUCCGUAUUGGUGGAACCAACAAAGAUCAACUCUUUUUUCUUGGACCACUUGAUUAUGAACAUACGCAAAGUAUUAGUGUUCGUCUUCGAGUCACUGAUAACGGUGGACUACACUUGGAAAAGAUAUUUACGAUUACUGUUCAAGGUUUGUUUAAAAUUCAAAUAUAUACCAAACUGUAGCUUGGGUUAUGGUUCAGUUCUAAACUUAUCUGCUUAAAAUGGCCCGUCCUUAUUCGUCCAGUGUUACUACAGGAGGAAACCUAAACAAAACCAAUGGGUAGCUCUUGACUAUCAGUUCUUGACUUCUUUUAGACUUGAAUGACCCACCAACUGACAUCAGACUUCAAGCAGAUGCAAAACUUCCUGAGAAUAGUGGUGAAAAUGUCUUCAUCAGUCAGGUUGAAAUGAUUGACCAGGAUAGCAAUACAAGAGCUUCGUGUAGACUUCUGAACAGCAGUAAUGAUCGUGUCAGUUUGAGUUCAAAUGCUCUCGUGGUUGGACCAACGAUUACUGACUAUGAAAGUCUCGGUUCAUCCAAGUCUUUGCAGAUUUUAGUGAGAUGUGAGGAUCAAUAUGGAGCUUCUGUUACCCGGUGGAUAAAUCUGCCUGUUGAAGGUAAUUUUGGAAUACUAUAACAGCGUUUCAAAAUAGUGGUCAGGGACCGGUUGUUCAAAGGUGGAUUAGUGCUAACCCAGGGUUAAAAUUUAACCCACUGUUUUAGUUUGCAUAUUUCUGAUGUCCAUUUAUUUCAAAAUAUCAGAAAAGAAAACUUCUAUUAAUCCAGACAUGAUUUGUGAAGAAAUAUUUCCAAAUUUAUAAACAAACUGUGAGGAAGUUUGCUUUGAAUUUUAAGUUAACCUAGGGUUACGAUAAUCGGGUUUUGAACAACCCGCCCCCAGAAGUCCAAUAUUAUUUAUUUGCCUUCAAAUACAAGACUACUUUAUAAAAUACAAAGAAUUAACAUUAUUAUAUAUUUAGUAUGUAUUCUUGUUCCUGAUUGGGUCAUAAAGCACCGGAUAAUUCUCAAUAUUCGGUACUUAUUACGUAAUUUCAGCUCCUGCCGUGCUCAGCGUCGAAUAAUUGUUUUUUUUUUGCAUCGAACUUGCAUCCAAAAAAGAUUAUUGGAUGCUGUCGUGCCCAAGCCCCGGCGCGGCCAACAACUCAAACCAAAAAGCGCGCGAAAAUAAAAUAAACAAAAUGGCUCACAGAUUGGCUCACAGUAGAUUUGCUUCGUUGGAUGAAAACGACCUGUCAAAAUUAUUAGCAGAUAAAGACAGUGACAGUAGUAAGGAAGCCACAAAAGAAACUAUCAAAAGAAAUGUUUUUUUCUACUUUUUUGCAUUAUUGUUGUAUAAAUAUACUUGAAACAUUAAUAGACUUCGUUUAAUAGUUUUAUAGUUUUAUACGUUUUUUUUCUGUGUUGGUGUUGUGUACUCAGGUGAAUAAUAUGAUGUUUGUGAUGUUACUCUGAGUGUAUAUCCACACCGGGCGAGCUUGAAAAAUAUGCCCGGCCACGGUGGGAAUCCUACGAACGUAGCGAACCUACGACCUUUGGAAUACUAGCCCAAUGCUCUGCCAACUGAGCUACGCGGUCAGGACGGUUCGAGUAAGUGAUAUUUCGGAACAGAAUCUACUUCCUUCGAUACCAAUGAUGUCGUUAAGGCCCCGAUUACACUAUACCGGAUUGCAUCGAAGCGACGCGAUUUCUGUACCGGAUUGGCCUCUUGUUUACACUACGCCACUGUAAUCCGGUACGUGCCGCGGCGCGAAAAUCACUUCGCUUUGGAGGUGAUAUGAAAAGUAAUCCGGUACGUGCUGUACCGGAUAAAACCAAGUGUAAUCAGGCAAUCCGGUACGCUCCGGUACUAUAAAUAGGUUUCGGCAAGUAUAUUUUAACAUUGUCGUUUUAUUUACUCGCUUUUAAAUAUUUUAUAGCUGUUGUUUGCUUCCCUUUACAAUUAUUUAUUAUUUCUAGCGAAGACAAAUAAAGAUAGCGGUAAUAACAUUGACUUCUUGCUUUCAAAAGGGCAAAAUUUAAUGAAAUACUCGUCAAUUUUCGAUAAGAGCGAGACAAAGCAACGUCAGGUGGUCAAGCUUUGUAAACAAAGUUAUAAUUCACAAGUACUGUCGAGAAAACGUCCAAAAUGGUCAAAACUUAUUAUUUGUUUUCAUGGCAACGAUAAAAGAUACGAGCUGGCGACAGAGCGAAGCGACAUAGUGUAAACACCCUUGAUUUUGGCUUCGGUGUGAAAAUUGAUCCGGUAUGAAAAUCAAUCCGGUAUAGUGUAAUCCCAGCCUAAAUGUAUAAUAAAACAAUUAUUGGAUUCGGAAACCUGAUGUCUUUAAAUGUAUAAUAAAACAAUUAUUGGAUUCGGAAACUACGGAAGACUUAAUGUACUAACGACCCUUCCUCUCUGUUUUAAGAUGUGAACGAAGCUCCAACGGACCUCACUUUGAGCAAGUUAGAAAUCCGUGAAAACAGGAACGAUACGCUGGUGGGAAUUCUAGAAAUUACUGAUCCAGAUGUUGGUCAACGACAUAAAUGUACCAUACUCGAUGUUGACACGCCAUUCUACAUUGACAGUUCAACAAACCCACCAACACUUAAGACUGUUCGUCCGUUAGAUUUUGAAUCUUCGAGAGUGGAAUAUGUGGAUAUUAAAUGUGAAGAUAUUGUCCUGGAUCAAGCUGGACAUUCUACAGAAAAACAGUUCAAAAUUAAUGUUAUAGGUAUGGUAGUUAAACUAACUUUACUUAUACUGAUAUAGUUCCAUCACAUUCAAGUACAUAUGCAGAUUAUGCAUUAUCAAACAAUGUUUAACUCUGCAGGGAAAGACAGUUCACCAUAAAACAUCAUUUUUCUUCAUUCUCUUUCAGAUGUAAAUGAAGCACCACAUAUAUUGUGCAAUACUCCAUUCCAUGCGUUGCCUUCGUUCUCGCGUGGUUCAGUCCUUGGUCAAAUCCAGAAUUAUGAUCCUGACAAUGAACGCUAUCAUAUGUCCAAGAAACAAAACCCUAACGGACCUUUUGAAAUACGGAAACAGCUCUUGAAUUAUCGCUUUGAGAACGAGAAUAUCUCCUGGCCAUUUGAUAUCACACAAAAUGGAAUCAUAUAUCUUGAAAAGGUAGUUUUCAUUUUGGGUUUGAUAUUACGCUGCUUUAUUUUAUAUCCUAUUUUUCUUUACUUUAUUUUACCUUGCGAUAUCUUUCCAUCUCUUCACUUUUCUUAUACAUUUCACUAUACCAUACAAUUCCAUACUACCCCAUCCCACACUAUAGCCUACCAUUCCAUACUAUACCUUACCUUAUUAUAUUAUACCAUACCAUACCAUACCAUACCAUACUUCACAUUCCAUUGCCCAUACCAAUGAUACCAUAUUGUACCAAUCUGAACCAAACUUUCCAUUAUGUCAUACUAUACUAUACCAUACCAUACCACUCUUCACCAUACCAUUCCAUUGCCCAUACCAUAUUAUGCCAUUCUAAACCAAACUAUCCAUAUUAUGUCAUAACGUACCAUACUUUACCAUUCCAUACCAUAACAUACCACUCUUCACCAUUCCAUUGCCUAUACCAUAUUAUACCAUUCUAAACCAAACUAUCCAUAUUAUAGCAUUUAUAUAUAUAUAUAUAUUAUACCAUUCAUACCAUACCAUACCAUACACAAUAUUUACCUUUCGUAAGUGACAGUAAUUGACACUUAUUAAUAAUUCUGCUCUAUUUUCGUGAAGCGACUGACUGCUGAAGAAUACAACGGAUCAAUAAUAUUUGGGAUUCGUGUUGAAGACGAUGGUGCUGUUUGGGAACGAAGUAACGGGUCUGAGGAAUAUCGAAUCAAAAUAGAUGAAAUUGAACAUUCUGUACAAAAUUGCACUGUCCUUAUUGCGUGUAAGUGUUGUGUUACUAUUUUUUGGUAUGUGAGACCAGAUAUUUCUAGAAAUUGCUUUUUACAGAAUUUAUUCCAGGAACUACCAUGUUGUUUUUUUCAGCAAAUGAAACACAGCAUGAUAUUCAUCUUAGUUCAAACACAAUCCCGGAGAAUUCCACGUAUGGCACAAUAAUUGGCAAUCUUUCUCGCAGACGACUCCUGGAACACGAACAGAUCAGCUAUCACAUCCUUGAAGAAGAGAAUGGAACACAGCCAUUUGAAAUUGAUCAGAAUAUCUUGAAACUAAAGCUUGACAAUACUUUGGAUUAUGAAGUGCUUCCUGCAGAAAAGACUUUUCCUAUCACCAUCAGUAGUGUGGCUUCAAUAUCUGGAGUUUUUACAAAACAAUUCGUGAUUGAGAUUUUAGGUAAGAUAUACACUUACGCCUGUAUUCUAAAUGCUCACUCACACUCGGUGAGUGGAGAUUCAAUCUGAGCUUCUCUUGAGUGUCAAUGCUGUUUUUGAAUAGCUGGAGGGUGAGUAGUCACAUAGUAAGGUACGACACUAACCCUCCAGCUAUUCAAAAACAGCAAUGACACUCGAGAGAAGUUCAGAUUGAACUUCCACUCGUUGAGUGUGAGUGAGCUUUUAGAAUACAGGCGUUAAUAGUGGUCUUAUUUCUCUUCAUUUCUGCACCUUAAUCCUUCUAAGAAGCAAGCACUUGUAUUUACCAGGACUAUGAUAAAUAUUAAUUGAACUAUAAUAUUUCUUCCCCACAGAUGUGAAUGAAAUGCCUACAGCAAUCUGCCUGACGAGCCCGCGACCCCUUGAUGACUGUUCAGUGGUUGGUCAUAUUUUGAUAGAAGACUUGGACUAUCCCGAGCUGCAAUGCGGGAUUAGUGAGACAAAUGACUUGAAGAAUUAUUCAAGCCAACUAUCAGAAUACACAUGUCAUAUCCAGGAAGGCGUGGAUACUUUAAGUAAUAAAGUUAUAGUGGAUGAACAUUUCUAUAUUCAACACUCACCCCCAACAUUAUAUGUGAACAAGACUAUAUUCACUCAUGGAGAUACAUCCUAUGAUGUCCCUAUUGUAUGCCGAAGUACCAAACAACCCCUGCAUAUCCUCUCUACGAUGCUAAAUGUGAAUAUCAAAGGUAAGCUGUGAUGUAUAUCACUAUAGUCAUAGAAAAUUGAAACGCUACUUGGAAAUACUCCACACAGAUUAUCGGUGUGAUAGCUCUUAGUAAAUAAAAUUUGUGUUUUGUUCCUGAAAUAGUCUUAAAUUUUAGUUGUUUAGUCUUGUUCGACAUUCUUUCGUUUUGAAAUAUGCUUUUUAGGAUGCAAGCUAAAUUCUCUUGUUUAUUUCAGUUCCUGAUGACGCAAACUGUCGCCGUGGUGAUCUCUGUGCUUCAUGUCCUCAACCUUCAUAUUGUCUUACUCAUGUUAAGGCUGCUGGCAAGUAAGGAGUUUUUUAUCAAUCAUGUUUACAGUUUGGUACAUCGUGUAUGUAUAUUACACUAUUACUGAUAUCAUGACAUUUUCCACUAGGUGUGUAGGAGAAGAUUAUCGUAUCAAUUCAAUAGUUGCCAUCCCUGUUUCCAUCUUUGAAGAACCUGGCUUUAUAUCCAUGUUUGAAGACUAUGUGACGAGCUUGAUUGAAGGAACUGCACAAGGAAAAACCCUGGCACAACUUGUACAAGAUUUUAAUAGUAAGUGAAACCAAAGUGAAAGCCAAAACACUGAGUGGUCAUUGUCUUGCUGCUGCUAUUUCAUUGCUUUGUAGUUCACAUCACUUGGAAAUCAUUGCUUAGCUAGAUAUUUCUCUACUAUUUUAGAUCAAAACGAGACAUCCAGAAGACGUCGUGAGGCGGAAUACAGCGAUGUCUAUGUAGAACAACUUGUGUACGUCGGUCAAGUGACUUCAACCAACGUAGUCUUUGCUGUGGCUGAGAAAUCCAGCUAUGAUCUCAUUCCUGCUUCAGCGGCAUGUGAGUUGUUGAAAAAUACUGAAGUGAAGUGUUGGGCUGAUGCUGUUACGUCUGUUGUUCCACCAAAGGCAACAGGAAUGCCAGGUACAGGAACUCCUAAUCCUGACAGUGAGUUUCCACUCUGGAUUAUCUAUACCAUUGCUGGAUUAUUACUUGUUGCUUUUAUUAUCAUGUUGGUUGUAAUUAGAAGAAACUCAAAGAGAGCAAAGAGGAAGGUAUGUGUGCUUAGUUUGUGUUAAGAUCUGAAAAAACUAAAACAAACGUAGCAAAAUAAAUGUUUCCCGGUCAUGUUUCCCAAAGGUGGCCGGCAAAGCAAGAAGCAAUAACCAGUAAAACGUUGUUUUCAAGUCAUAUUUUCCAGAGGUGGGUCAACCAGGAAACGUUGUUUCCCUGCAAAUAUUUUCUAGAGGUGGGCAAACCAGGAAUUCCUGCAGUUUCGAAGCAACUAUUUCCCAAAGGUGGGCAAAGCAGGAAACAUUGUUUCUUAGCCAUGCUUCCCAAAUGUGGGCAAGCCAGGAAGCAUUGUUUCCCAGGAAAUGUUUCGACAACAAUACUUCCCAAUUUUUCCCCGUCAUUAUUAAGAGGAGAUUUUUUUGUAUGUUACGUAACACGCGCUCAAAACUAAUGCGUAUAAUAUAUCGCUUGAGGUUAUGACUGAAUUCAAAAUUUUUAUUUUUCGAUACGUUUCUCAAUCGGCAAACAAACUUAAAAAUAUGUUUAGUGCUUUAUCUGUAAAAUAAUGCUAAAAUGAAGAGAUUUUAGAUGAUACGCCAAAGAGAAAAUGAUGUCUGAAGUUCAGUAAGUUUUGCUUAUAUGGCUGUAAAUAUGGCGUCAAUUUUAAAGCAUCAUUGAUAUUUGUAACUAUUAUUUUAUGUUUCUGAACUGGCAGAUGCAUUUAAAAAGGUAGCUAACUCUAUAAAGUAGAGAAUAAAGCUAAAACAAAGUAAUUUUGAGAGGAACGCCAAAAAGAUUUUAGGCUUUGAACACUUUUCAUUGCAAAUACGUGACAUUGAAAAAAAAUUGCCUCUUAAACACUUGAAUAUAUAAAAAAAGAACCCACACCCGAUGAGCUCCAUAUAUAUCUGGAGCGAGAACUGGAGUCCAAAAAGUGAAGUCAGCUUCGUGUUAACCGCGCAAGCAAAAACAAUAGAAAGAGACUGGAACCGAUGUCCAAUACUCCUUCAAUUUUCGCCAUGUUGGCCAGGAGUGUGCCGAAAUUUCGUAUUUUGACAUCGAUUUAAAAAAUAACACCAUUGUUUUAUGAACUGAUGACUUGGUUAGCGAUACGGUCCGUUAGAAAAAACUGGAAUUAGCUGGGGGAAAUGGUAUAAAAGCUGUUUACGACCUUCAGAGCUAUUGAACGUCAAUGGCCGCCAUCUUGGAUUCACUUUUCUCAUAGACCGAGUGACUGAAGUUCUUACUCUAGAUAUAUAUGGAGUUCAGUGCCCACACCCAACUCAUGGUCUAGGUAUAAAAGUAUUCGAUUGAUUUGUUAGAGAAACAACAACACAUCUGUGCAUUUUAAUCAGUAUGAUAACGCGGUCACGCUUGGCUCGAACUCGAUGUACGAGAUUCCAUCUGAAGUCAGAGAUCAGAAUUGUUAUUCUCACAGUGGACCGUCCUAUCCUUCUGUGGCCAACUCAAGCUACUUUGCCGAUAGGGACUGCAAUAGAGGCGAGCCUAGCACCAGUAGACAAAGCACCAUGAAUCCCCACAUGACAAACACGUUGCCAGUGUACGAGAGUAUUGACGGCAACCUCCAUGCGAGAGUGCACGAUGCUUGAGCAGAAUUUGGAAGAAACGGAUACGCAACAAGAGAAUAAAACACGAAGAAAUGAAUAUGAAGUGAGAUAGUGAUGACAACAACAACCAUAGUUUUUACUGAAAUAUUUUAAAGGCACAAUAUGCACACUGCACAGUGAAAACUAGCAUAUUCUUUCGUAGCUUUUUAUAAAGUUUUUUGCUGAAAUAUUUUGGCAAGAAGAUAUAACGUAAAAACCAAGUAAAUAAACAUUAUAUAGCAUAUAUUACUCCAGUCCAUGUUUGCACUAUAGCAGAUUAAGUGUCUUAACAAAUUAAGUUUCAUUGCCCUUGCGAAAAUUUCACAUAUGAUUUCACAUGUGAAACGCCACUAGUAAUAGAAAGACUCAGAUUUGACUUCCACGACAACAACCUCGCGUCCUCUUACUGGCUUAGUCCGCAUCUGAUUGGUUAAUCGGAUAUAUCAAACGCAUCUGAUUGGUUAAUCGGAUUUAUCAAACGCGUCUGAUUGGUUAAUCGGAUAUUUCAAAUUCUUUUAAUGGAAGCGGUAGUCAAAUCUCAGCGUCUCUGAUUGCAUAUGUGAAACUAUGAAUGUCAGAUGUGAAAUGAAAAUUUCAUAUGCGAAAGUAUUUCAUGCAUGUAAAGGUUCCUAUAUGUAAUCAUGGAUAAUAAAAUAAAUGGAUAGGACUCUAGCUGACGUAAGUAAAAACAACCUGGUUCCAAUCUGUGACGUCACGCGCAUGGCAAAGUUCUCGGCAUUUUUGUUGUUUUGCUAUAUUUUCCACUUUAAAAGAGUAAUAUUGAAGCAUAAACUGGUCUAAUUGUUUCAAAAACAUGCCUAAGCCACGACAAAGUAUUCAAGGUAAAUGUUUUUCGUCUUUGUUUUGUAUGUUUUUUACAUUUGUAGCUACGAAAUUGGCGUCCCCAAUUUUAACGAAAUUUGCGAUGCAUUUUUCACUGUUUAGUGCUUGAAAUAUUUGCUAAAAUUGACUGGGAAUACUCAGAGAUUUCAUCGUAGAAUGGCGUAGUUAUAUUUAUUUGCUCUUUGACUAAAAUGUUUAGCUGUAUUAUUGCUAAACAUGCCGUUUUUGAGAAUUUGGUUUUCAACUAGGUUUCAACAUCCAACCACGCCAUCAGCCCAUUGAAAACAUUAGAUCACGUCAGCUAGUUUCCUAUCCAUUUAUUUUAUUAUCCAUGAUGUAAUUAACAGUCAUUGUGAUGUGAACAUAAUUUAUCAUAGACAUAGUGUUCAACAAUCCUAACCUUUCGCGAAUUAUCCUUAUGUUUCACCAAGGAAAAUUUUAUGACUGCACAAAACUACGUUAUAGCCGGAAAGCAAAGAAGAUAUGUGCGCUUAGUUUCUCUAAGAUCGAGAAAGAAUACUAUAAAACGUUACAGAAAAAUAUUCCCUGUGAGUUUUUCAAAGAUUUAAAAUUACAUUUUACAUUUAAAUUAAUUUACAAUGUCAUUGUAAAAUUCUGCACUUCCAUUGUUGAACAUACUUGAAGCAUCCUUUUAAAUCUUUUUCAAGUAGUUCGAAAACAAACCACUAAUGGCACUAUGUCUCUCCAAGCUCCUGUGAAGGCGAUGGAUUAAAUUAGAUUAACUUAUUCUUUGCAAUUAUUUGAUUUGAAGAUUUAAAGGGGCAAUGUGACCGAUUUUUGAGCAAUUCUAACCCUCGCAAAUUUUGCCCAAAACUGAACACUAUAUAAAGCGAUAACAGACACGAAAAACAUGUACAAAAGUCUGGAUGGGCAAGAUUACGCCAGGAUUAAGAUGGAUUGUAAAUGGCAUCUUGAUUAAUUGUUGGCAGACACUUUUUCAAGUUUUAGUCAAUUUUUAUGAAAAUGUCAUGUUACAUGUUGCGUGUAAGUUCAAAGUUGUUUAAUAUGAUUCAUAUAUCAUAACUUAAUCCAUUUACAAUGUUUAUUUUUAACUUUGUAGUUCAGUUUUUAAAUAAAAGGCAUUUCAGGUCAAAAAUCGGUGACAUUGCCCUUUAAGACUCGUAUUAUACAUUUGCAUUAGUUCAUCUAGAUUACACUGUAGUUCAUAACUUGAAUACAAAGGCACAAGCACUUAGUUGUUUUUCUUAGACCUUUGUGCCUACAAUCUACAUUACAAUAAUUAUGAUCCAACAUUUACAUAGAGGAAUUUUAGGCCGGUAAAUAGCGAAAGUACAAUACAGAGC